AACCUCCUUUUUCUCCCGCCAUAGCCUAAGGUUCUCUUGAAACAAACCACUCUCAAAACGCAAAAUUACCAGAAUGGAGCUACCGGUAAUUGAUCUUUCCCAAUAUUUAGAAGUUGCAGAAAAACUAAGCAAUGACCCUGAGAAGUUAUCGGGUCAGUUCAAGGAAUUUGGACCGUGGCUUGGUGAGUUGUGCAAAGAAGUGAGUAGGAUCCUGAGAGAAACUGGAGCCUUGAUUAUUGAGGACCCGAGAUGCUCUGCUGAGGAUAAUGACAAGUUUCUUGACCUGAUGGAGAAGUACUUUGAGAGACCGCAUGACUAUAAAAGGCUCCAUGAGAGACCUGAAUCACUUUAUCAGAUUGGAUCGAGCCCAGAUGGACUGGAAGUACCAAGAUGUGUGGUUGAUGAGAAUAUACAAGAGAAGGUGAAAGCAAUGCCAAAGGACAGCCAGCCAACAUUGCCUGAUGGGCCUGAUCGGAAGUGGCGUUACAUGUGGAGAGUUGGUCCUCCACCACCAAACACUCGCUUCAAGGGAUUUAAUAUGGAACCUCCCAUUCCUGAAGGCUUUCCUGAAUGGAAAGAAGUUAUGGACAUGUGGGGAUACAAAAUGGUCAAUGCGGUUCUGGCUGUAGCUGAACUUGCAGCAAUUGGGUUUGGCUUGCCUAAGGACGCUUUUACUUCUCUUAUGAAGCAAGGGCCACAGCUUCUUGGGCCAACGGGGAGUGACCUUAGCCAAUACAGUGAAGAAGGAACUGUCUUCGCCGGAUAUCAUUAUGAUACUAACUUCUUAACCAUUCAUGGAAGGAGUAGGUUUCCUGGUCUAAACAUAUGGCUCAGGAGUGGUCAAAAACUUGAAGUGAAAGUUCCUUCAGGAUGUCUGUUUCUUCAGGCAGGAAAGCAGAUGGAAUGGUUGACUGCAGGAGAAUGCAUGGCUGGGAUGCAUGAGGUUGUUGUCACUGACAGAACAAAGGAAGCAAUUAAAAAGGCUUCCGAGCAGAAUCGCAGCCUGUGGAGAGUGUCUUCAACUCUGUUCUCAAACAUUGCAUCAGAUGCUGUGUUGAAGCCAUUAGGCCACUUUGCAGAAUGCCCACUAGCCAGCAAUUAUCCGCCCAUGUUUGCAGGAGAGUUUAUGGAACAAGAGCUUUCAGCAAUCAAUCUGGAUGGGAAAGUAGGUGCCUGAUAGUUGUUAUCUCAUGGUUAUCGGUAGGGCAUGUUUUAUAAUAAAUGUUGGGCUUAAUGUAAUAAGCCAUUAAAAAACUUAAUUAGUUACUUAUGUUGUUUUGAAGCUUCAAUCUAUUUAAAUCUUCUUAUUAAACUA